AUGGCAAACCCAUCUGGAUCGUCAACAGGGUCUGCUGUAGCCGUUAGUGCAGGCUUUGCGCCUGUAUCCAUCGGUGCUGACUUCAAUGGGUCUCUCACUAAUCCAGCUAUUCGUGCUGCCUUGUACACUAUCCGUACCACGCCUGGUAUCGUGUCGGAACACCGAGGGUUUCCGUUCUCUAAGAACCGGGACAGUCUCGGCCCCAUGGCGAAGACCACCGAUGAUCUCGUCAGUUUACUCAAUGUCAUCGUAGAUCUUUCACAUCCGGAAGUGCCUGACCAAGGUUACAAUACCUCCGCUUCUCGCGACUGGAAAGAUAUCUCUUUCGCUACCAUGGACCCACACCACUGGCAUCUACCAGAAGCCGUUCAGAAGCCGCAACCUGGAGCGUUGGAUCAAAUCAACCAUGACUUACUCAGCGAGCAGAUACGGGAGACAAUCGCGGCCUACAAGAAAAUUGAAAGCCUGGCCAAGCGCGUGGUCGGCCCAGUCAGCCUGAUCUCAGACGAGAAAUUGGAUGAGAGUUUGAAUGACGUCUUGGCCACAAUCAAGAACGACUUUUCCAGCCUCUUUGAAGACUACACAAACGGCCUGGAUUCACCCAAAGUCAAGACCUUGAAGGAGCUGAUCGAUUUCAACGAACAACAUCGCGAGCUCGAAUUACCAGAGUACUCUCCGAGACAAGACAAGCUCUACCAAAGUCUGGAAGAGGCGAAUUCGCUUACGGACGCAGAGUAUGACCGUCUUGAUGUGAAGGCGACCGCCUCGGCUGCUGAUGAUGCGAUUGACAAGAUGCUUCGCGAGCACAAUGUCGACGUCAUCAUAGGUCCGGCGGAUAGCCGCCUACCUGACGUUCUUGCCGUCGCCAAGUAUCCCUCGAUGACUCUUCCGCUUGGAUAUCUUGAUUGGAACGGGCGGCCAUUCGGAUUACUGGUCAUUGGCUCCAAGUACCAAGAAAGCCUCCUCCUGGACGUUGCUCGCUUAUGGGAAGCAACAUUCCCACCGAGAAAGACGCCGGACUUGGGCUCUGGUGGCGAAACUUCGAGUGCCGUUUUGUGA